CCUAAUAACAGCGGAGGAGGUCAUAUUGGUCAAAUAAUGUGUGCUCUCUACGAUGAACAAACAAAACUAUGGACAGCUGCAGAUCGACGACUAUCAGAAUCCAAACAACAAUCAUUGGGUCAUGUAAUUUUAAAUUGGCUGUCGUCACGGGGUUCAAAACUAGCUCAGAUUAAUGAUGACACCGGCGUUCAAGUAACCUACCAUGAACUCUGGUUAAAUACAAUUCGUGCCGCGCAAAAUCUACUGAAAAUGGGAUUUAAGCCUCGGCAAAAGUUCUGUUUUAUGAUUUACAACAACGAUCAUCUAAUCCCUGCUCUUGUCGCAUCGAUUUGUUUGAUAUGUCCAAUUGUACCACUGCAUCCGAUGCUAUCAAAGGAUGAAAUCGCACGGAUUUUGAUUCAAAUUCAGCCAGUUGCUCUUUUCUGCGAAGCUAAUUUAUAUGACAGCAUCGAUGAGGUGUUGUCGGAAAUUGGAAUCGACGUGAAACUGUUCAUUUUCGACAAACACAUCGCCAAUUUGGAAUCAGUUGAACGUCUAAUGGACGAAACGGGUGAAGAGGAAACAUUUGUGCCUUACGUUCAUAAGGUGGACGAGGACAUCGCAGGAAUAUUUUGUUCAUCCGGUACAACAGGAACAUCCAAGUGUGCCUGCAUCUCAUCCGAUCACUACAUUUUCAGUGAUCCAGCCCGAUACAACUCAGAUUGCGUUGUGUUUUCCUUUGAUUCGAUCUUCUGGACAGUCGGUGUCAGACCGCUGAUCGACUGCAUUUCAAAUGGUGCAGUACGCAUAAUCACUUCACGUCCGUUUUCGCCCGAAUUACAACUGCAACUCAUCGAAAAGUAUAAGGUUAAUGUGCUGUACAGUGCACCAUUCAACAUGGUUCCAUGCAUAAAAAACGACCUAAUUAGCAAAGUGGAUUUGUCGAGCGUGCACACGAUAUUCUUGUACGGGUCGAAGGUACAUUCAACGUUGAUCGAAGAACUGGAUCGGUUUUUUCCGAACGCAUGUCCGCUCUCGUGGUAUGGAAUGACGGAAAUCGGUAAAAUUGCCGAUGAUUUGAGUGUUAAAGAAGGAUGUGUCUGUGGCAAACAGCUGGUUAACGGUUGUACGGCAAAGAUUAUCGACGAAAAUGGAAACCAUUGUGGCCCCAAUAUCAGUGGUGAAAUUUGCAUCAAGAACAGCAAUAAAUUUCUCGGUUAUUUUAAUGAUCCAGCGACAACAUCAGCCGCUAUCGACGAUGAGGGAUUCUUUCGAACCGCUGACUCUGGCUAUUUCGAUGCUGAUGGUAUUCUAUUCCUCAGCGAUCGAAAGAAGAAUGUCAUGACCGUGUUCUAUUUCGACGGCAUCAUUUUGCCAUCGGAAGUCGAAGCGUGUCUCAAUUCAGUGCCAGAUAUCGAUGAGGUCAGCGUUGUCGGUAUAUCGAUCACAACCGAUAUGGUUUUGCCAGCUGCGGUUGUUGUUCGAAAACCCGGUUCGAGUUUGAACGAGCACGAUGUUUAUGAUAUAGUCAAGGAUAAAUUUCCCAACCGAUCAAGACUGCGUGGUGGAGUGUAUUUCGUUGAAUCACUAGCAAAAACACGCAACGGAAAAUUGCUCAAAAGAGAAAUCACACAGCUGGCCGAAUCACUGUUCCAAAAGGCAUUGAAGCAAGACGAAAACGUUCAGGCAUCUCUUUCUGUUAUUCCGGAAGAAUAUCGUAAAUUGAUUAAUGAAAGAUAUAACACGUGGUAGAAAGUAAUCAGCGAAGCCGUCGUUAUCUUACUGACUUUCCAAUAUUUUGAUAAUAAAUGAAAAAUGCAAGGCAGUUGA